GGCACUGUUGUUGAUUUCUUUGGAUCUUUGCUGCAGGUUCCUGUGUUUGUGUUACAUUAUUGUAUCUAGUUGUCUGCUAGUACUGUAGUAGUAAACUUACUGCAAGUUUUUAAACUUGUGAGUUGUGUACAGCUGAAGCAAUCUGAUCUACGCAAUGAUAAAACCAUAAAUGAUAAAACUUAAAAGGUAAAACAGCUGUAGACCUACAACAAGUGAGUGUAAAGAGUACUGCAGUACAGGUACCGAGAAACCAAGAGGCAGUGUUAUUACUUAAUCAUCAGAAACCAUGGAAAAUAUAAGCAAGCACAAGGAAUUCGCUAAUCAUUCAACUAAUGGCAAUGUAGCAGUCAUCUCUGUAAAGGGCAUGACGUGUCAGUCAUGUGUCAACACCAUCGAGGAAAACAUUGGAAAACUCGAUGGCAUAUAUGAGAUCAAGGUGUCGCUUGGCAACAAGGAGGCAGUGGUUAGAUUUGAUGAGAGCAUGACAUCGGCCAUGGAAAUCACUGAUGGCAUAGAGAACAUGGGCUUUGAGGCAGAACUAGAGUGCCACCUGGUGAGAAGAGUCAUCGCUGUCGAGGGCAUGACAUGUCAGUCAUGCGUUCAGACGAUCCAACACAAGGUCGUAGCUCUGCAGGGUGUGCAUUCUGUGCAGGUAUCCUUGGAGACCAAGAUCGCAACAGUAACAUACGAUGCGAAGAUAACAACUACGGAUGCUGUCAUGACAGCGAUUGAUGAGACAGGCUUCAUUGCCUCUCUCAUACAGUCCAAGCUAGAGCAGUCACAUGUGCAAGUCCGAGUGGAGGGAAUGACCUGCCAGUCGUGUGUCAACAGCAUACAGGAUGUCAUUGGCAAGAUGCCAGGUGUCACCAGCAUUGUCGUGUCUCUCAGCAAGAAGCUGGCAUUUGUUGAUCACAUUCCAUCGGUCGUCUCAGCAGACGACUUAUGCAGCGCGAUCAAUGACAUGGGCUUCGAUGCCGAUCUUGCAUCAGCGCCACCUACUGACACAACAGCUGUAGCUACAGUCGAGACCACCGGUGAUGCCACUUGUUUUGUGAUGAUAGAGGGCAUGACCUGUCAGUCGUGCGUGAAGAACAUUGAAGGUCACAUUUCGUCCGUGAGUGGAGUGAGAAAUAUCUCCGUCUCCCUGAAGCAUAAGUGUGCCACCGUGAUGUACGACAGUGGCGCCAUCUCUGCAGCCAAAGUCACCGACAUGAUCGACGACAUGGGUUUCAUAGCAACGCUGUCGGACGCCCCGAUCGUAGCACCACCUGGUGUGAAGACGCAGGACGUGUCCCAUCUGAACGUGCCAACAGGAGAUGUGGAAACUUAUAUGUUGGAGGUAACAGGCAUGACGUGCAAGUCCUGUGUCAGGAAAAUAGAAGAGCGUGUGAGGGAGGAGGAGGGCGUGAUCUCGGUGGCAGUGUCGCUACAGGAGGAACAAGCCAUUGUUAAGCUGAAUCCGCAUGUGACAAGCAUUGGCAAUGUACGCAUGACCAUCAACCAGAUGGGGUUCAUGGCUUCUCUACCGGGCAGUCUUCAAAUUGCUCGCAGCGUCUCAUUCCAAAAGCUUCCCUUAGUUGACCGCAAAGAAGUGAAGCAGCAGAAUGGUGGAACGGUGGAGGUGUCAUUGGAGGAUAUUGAGAAGUGCCAUCUACAGGUAACAGGCAUGACCUGCGCCUCCUGUGUAGCAUCCAUUGAGAAGAAUCUAAAGAAGAUGGAGGGUAUACAUGAUGUACUUGUGGCAUUGAUGGCAUCCAAGGCAGAGGUGAAGUACGAUCCAUCCUACGUUCUCCCCCAGCAGAUAGCUAACCAUGUCAUCGACCUAGGCUUCGGCUGUGAGGUGCUGGAAGAGGGAAGCCCUGGUGAGGAAACGAUAGAGCUGCUGAUCAGAGGGAUGACCUGUGCAUCGUGCAUACACACCAUAGAGUCACGUGUUGCUAAGGUGAACGGUGUCAACUCUGCUGCCGUCUCCCUGGCAACGUCCAUCGGUGUUUUCAAAUUCAAUCCAGAGGUUACGGGACCACGCAAUGUUAUCAACGCAAUAGAGGAUUCUGGAUAUUCUGCUGAACUAGUGGAGAAAAGUAAAAAGUCGAAUAUUGCCUCGCUGGAACACAAGCGAGCCAUUGCACAGUGGAGAACUUCAUUCUUUAUUAACCUUUGCUUCGGACUACCCACCUUCAUCGUUAUGUUCUACUACAUGUUCUCACCAUAUAAGGAACACAUCGAAGUGUUCGCAGGCCUCUCACUGGAAAACCUACUGCUGUUCUGCUUCUGCACACCUGUGCAGUUCAUCGGCGGAAGACACUUCUACGUUCAAGCGAUGAAGGCACUCAAGCACCGCAGCACGAACAUGGACGUGCUGAUAAUGAUGGCGACCAGUAUUGCCUACAUCUACUCGAUCAUCGUCGUCGCCAUCGCGAUAGUGCAAGGCUCCAAAAGUCCGAUGACGUUCUUCGAUGCACCGCCAAUGUUACUCGUCUUCAUCUCGCUCGGACGCUGGCUGGAGUACAUCGCCAAGGGUAAGACAUCUGAAGCAAUCACUAAGCUGAUGUCGCUGCAGGCAACAGAGGCCGUUCUGGUUGAGCAAGAUGCAGAUGGAAACGUCAUGUCAGAGAAACGCAUAAACGUUGAGCUUGUGCAGCGUGGAGACAUUCUCAAGGUGAUGCCGGGAGAGAAGGUGCCGGUGGAUGCUCGUGUGAUCGAAGGUUCCUCGAUGGCUGAUGAAUCGCUCGUGACAGGAGAAGCCAUGCCCGUGCUGAAGAAACCUGGAUCUCAGGUCAUCGGUGGAUCGAUCAAUCAAAAUGGUACACUGUUGAUUCGCGCAACGCACGUUGGCACGGACACCGCGCUCGCUCAGAUAGUCCGCCUGGUGGAGGAAGCGCAAACCUCGAAGGCGCCGAUCCAAGCUCUUGCUGACAAGAUUGCUGGCUUCUUUGUUCCCAUGGUGAUCAUUGCGUCGAGUCUCACGUGCAUUGUGUGGAUAAUCAUAGGACAUCGCAACAUCGCCGCCAUCGAUCCUGACUUCAUACCUCCUGAGGAAGGAGGCAGCUUCAGUAAGACUUCCAUUACGGUAGAGUUUGCCUUCCGCAUGGCCAUUACGGUGCUGGCGAUCGCGUGCCCCUGUGCCCUCGGUCUUGCCACGCCCACUGCAGUCAUGGUCGGCACCGGAGUGGGAGCACAGCAGGGCAUACUCAUCAAGGGAGGUGAACCGCUUGAGACUGCUCACAAGCUACAGUGUGGUGCGAUUGUAUUUGACAAGACUGGAACGAUCACUCAUGCGGUGCCUCACGUCACGCGUGUCGGCUUCUGUUCGUAGCGGAGUGAGUGUGCAGCGUCCACCAGGUGCUGCGGUGGUGCUAGGACAGCUGAAGCCAGCUCGGAGCAUCCUAUCGCAUCAGCCAUCCGCCAAAUAGUGAAAGAGUGGCUGAGGACGGACAGGAUGGGUAAAUGCACAGACUUCCAGGCAGUGCCAGGCUGUGGCCUGAGUGCAAGUGUCAGCAACGUACGGGAACCGAUGCUAGGCAGACACAGACAGGGCACGAAUAAUAGGGUUUAAAACCAGAAGGUGUUAAAGUCCCAGUCAGUGUGUAAUUCUCACCAUUGUUUUCCUGUAGUUCUUGUAGAGGGGACGCCGGCGUCUAAGGAGUACAAGGUGCUGAUUGGAAACAGGGAGUGGAUGAAUCGUAAUGGACUGGUUGUUGGGGAGGAGGUGGAAGCACGCAUGAGCGAACACGAAAUACUCGGUCAGACCGCUGUGCUGGUGGCCAUAGAUGGGGUGCUGGUGUCCAUGGUUGCUGUUGCUGACACUGUCAAGGCCGAGGCUCAUCUAGCUGUGUACACACUGAAGAAGAGCGGUCUUCACGUCAUACUGCUGACAGGGGACAAUCGCAAGACUGCGAAAGCUAUUGCAAUGCAGGUCGGAAUCACAAAGGUGUUUGCAGAGGUGCUGCCCUCACACAAGGUUGCUAAGAUAAAGCAGCUGCAGGCAAAAGGCAUGAAGGUCGCGAUGGUAGGAGACGGAGUGAAUGACUCGCCAGCUCUUGCGCAGGCAGACGUCGGCAUUGCUAUAGCAAGCGGCACGGAUGUAGCCGUGGAAGCUGCAGACAUGGUGCUCAUACGGAAUGAUCUACUGGAUACCGUGGCUGCCAUCGAUCUCUCGCAUAAAACUGUCUGGAGGAUUCGUCUCAACUUCUUAUUUGCUAGCAUCUAUAACAUUUUUGGCAUCCCUAUUGCAGCAGGUGUUCUGAAACCGAUUGGAUUCUCUCUGCAGCCGUGGAUGGCUGCUGCUGCUAUGGCUGCCUCUAGCGUGUCCGUCCUCUGUUCGUCACUGCUGCUAAAAAUGUAUAGAAAGCCAGUACGCAUGACCCUCGAGACGGACGACUACCUCAAUCAUCUGCGCAUGGAAGCUCUGAUGCUGGUUGCUAACGGCGACAACAUCUCCGUUCAUCGUGGCAUCGACGACGACCUUCCUGACGACCGCGGUCAACGCUCAAGCCUCAAGAGCAGCAUAUCAGAGAAACUGAGUCAGAUCGGCAGCAAGGUGUACCGUCUGUCCCAAGGAGGUGUGCAGCAGCGAGGCUUGAACCAGGGGCUGCUGAGCAGUGGUAGUAGUGACGGGGAUGACCCCUACAUCAGCCGCUUGUAAACAGGGCAGUAGGGAAGGGCAGAACCAACGUAUAACAGCUCAAAAGUAUAGUCAGGAAGAAGAGAGCCCAGGUAUAUAGCACCCUCAUAUAAACAUGGAGAAUGGGAGUUGCCACCUAUAUAGCACUGCCAUAUAAACAGGGAGGAGGGAGAGCCUAUCUAUAGCACUCCCAUAUAAACAGGGAGGAGGGGGAGCCUAUCUAUAGCACUCCCAUAUAAACAGGGGAAAGGGGAAGCCCACAUAUACCAGCCCCUUCCCCAGAUAAACAAGGGAAAGGGGAAGCCCGCCUAUACCAGCCCCUUCCCCAUAUAAACAAGGGGAAGGGGAAGCCCACCUAAACCAGCCCCUUCCCCAUAUAAACAGUGAAGAGGGGAAUUCUACUAUAGCACCCAUAUAUGAGAAGAAAUGAGAAGAUAACAAACCUGUAACACUCACGCGUAGACAGGAAAAACGGGAGGCAACGUUAUUACCAUAGAAAUGUGUCGGGCUUUAACUGAUAUUCAGCUACGUUAGGAAGACACAUGGAUACAGGGCAUGUGUAAAUAGAUGAAGAGGAUGUAUAUCCGGGUUAUUUUUAAUGCAAGUAUAGAAUAGGGGGGACAACGUUGGAAAUCACUGUUUUUAAUGUGUUUUAUUCUUAUAUUAUACAUGAUAGAGAAUUAUAUAUUUGCGAGUUUAUGAUGUGCAGUCUGUAUGAAACGACUGAUUAUCCUAAAAUACAUCCAGCAGGUGAAUAUUCGGUGAAACAUCGUGUAUUGUGAAGCUGCUUAAUUUUAGUUCUGACAGCAGCCUGUUGGGUGUGAAUUGUAUGUUUUUUUAAAUACAAUUACUAUUGGGCCAGGACUCAAGUGAUUUUACGCUAGGACAUGAAAUUCUUAAAUCAGGCACAGUGUAGCCUAAUAUGUCAAUAAUUUUUAAUUGUUUUUGUAUUGCAAUAUUACUAACUAUAAAAAACUAUUUAUGCCGAAAUUGCUUAUUUUAAAAUCACUGUAUUCUGUAUAUUUUAAAAUAAUUGGAUAUUUUAAUCAA